CUGCUUGUCACUUGUGUCGUGUCGAGCAGGAUUGUGAGCAGCAGCUGUCCGCUCAUCUGCCGGUGGAAGCAGUUACCGCAGUCAGGGACUCUGAAUAUACGGCGCAGGGCUUUUAUGUUGAGUCAAGAGGCGAAUAAGUAGUUUUGUGUAGGUUGAGGGGAUACGAAUCAUCCCAGGGAAGACGGCAAAAUGACAGCGAUUGAAACGCAAGUUCAAUACCACAGUUCUUACACGAUGACUGCAACUGAGGUAUACAUGAACCAAGAGGAUAACUGGGAUAGAGACCUGCUCCUGGACCCGGCCUGGGAGAAGCAGCAGCGGAAGACCUUCACUGCCUGGUGCAACUCUCACCUGCGUAAGGCAGGGACACAGAUCGAGAACAUUGAGGAAGACUUCAGGAAUGGACUCAAACUCAUGCUGCUGCUGGAGGUUAUCUCAGGUGAGAGGCUCCCUAAGCCAGACAAAGGAAAAAUGCGUUUCCACAAGAUCGCCAAUGUAAACAAGGCCCUGGACUUCAUCAGCAGCAAGGGUGUCAAGCUGGUCUCUAUCGGAGCUGAGGAGAUUGUGGAUGGCAAUGUGAAAAUGACCCUUGGUAUGAUCUGGACCAUUAUCCUGCGUUUUGCAAUCCAGGACAUUUCAGUGGAGGAGACCUCUGCUAAGGAGGGCUUACUGCUGUGGUGUCAGAGGAAGACUGCCCCCUACAGGAAUGUGAAUGUGCAGAACUUCCACAUCAGUUGGAAGGAUGGCCUGGCUCUUUGUGCCCUCAUCCACAGACACAGACCUGACCUCAUCGACUACUCCAAGCUACGCAAGGAUGACCCCAUUGGCAACCUCAACACUGCUUUUGAAGUGGCAGAAAAGUAUCUUGACAUCCCUAAAAUGCUCGAUGCAGAUGAUAUUGUGAACACUCCAAAACCUGAUGAGAAGGCCAUCAUGACCUAUGUGUCCUGCUUCUACCAUGCCUUCGCUGGUGCAGAGCAGGCUGAGACAGCAGCUAACAGAAUCUGCAAAGUGCUAGCAGUGAACCAGGAGAACGAGAAGCUGAUGGAAGAAUAUGAGAAACUGGCCAGUGAGCUUCUGCGGUGGAUCCAAAGGACCAUCCCCUGGCUGGAGAACCGUGUGGCUGAGCAGACCAUGCACGCCAUGCAGCAAAAGCUUGAGGAUUUCAGGGACUACCGUCGUGUGCAUAAGCCACCCAAGGUUCAGGAGAAGUGCCAGCUGGAGAUCAACUUCAAUACCCUACAGACCAAGCUGAGGCUCAGCAACAGGCCUGCCUUCAUGCCCUCUGAGGGCAAAAUGGUUUCAGACAUUGCCAAUGCUUGGAAAGGUCUGGAGCAGGUUGAGAAAGGCUAUGAGGAGUGGCUGCUUACAGAGAUCCGUCGUCUGGAGAGACUGGACCACCUGGCUGAGAAGUUUAAGCAGAAGUCUUCCUUGCAUGAAUCAUGGACCUCAGGAAAGGAGUUGCUGCUGUCUCAGAAGGACUAUGAGUCGGCCUCUCUGAUGGAGAUCCGUGCUAUGAUGAGGAAACACGAGGCCUUUGAGAGUGACCUGGCUGCUCACCAAGACAGAGUCGAGCAGAUUGCUGCCAUUGCACAGGAACUCAAUGAACUAGACUAUUAUGAUGCUGCCACCAUCAAUGCCCGUUGCCAGGGCAUCUGUGACCAGUGGGACAACCUGGGCACACUGACCCAGAAAAGGAGAGAAUCGUUGGAGCGUGUGGAGAAGCUUUGGGAGACAAUUGACCAGUUGUACCUUGAAUUUUCCAAGAGGGCAGCACCCUUCAACAACUGGAUGGAUGGAGCUAUGGAAGAUCUUCAAGACAUGUUCAUUGUGCACAGCAUUGAGGAGAUCCAGAGUUUGAUCACAGCCCAUGACCAGUUCAAGGCCACCCUGCCAGAAGCUGAUAAAGAGCGUAUGGCCAUCAUGGGCAUUCAUACCGAGAUCUUGAAGAUUGCUCAGACAUACGGGAUCAAGGUGAUGGGCGAGAACCCCUAUACUGUCCUCUCUCCUCAGGAUAUUAGCAACAAAUGGGAAGCUGUGAAGCAACUGGUUCCAAUGCGUGACCAGGUGUUGCAGGAGGAAGUGGCCAGGCAGCAGUCAAAUGAGAGACUGAGGCGCCAGUUCGCUGCUCAGGCCAACAUCAUCGGACCCUGGAUUCAGACGAAGAUGGAGGAGAUCAGCCAUGUGUCAAUUGACAUUUCUGGUUCCCUAGAGGAACAGAUGAGCAAUCUGAAGACAUAUGAACAGAACAUCAUUAAUUACAAAUCAAACAUUGACAAACUGGAAGGAGACCACCAGCUCAGCCAGGAGGGACUUAUAUUUGACAACAAGCACACGAACUACACCAUGGAGCAUAUUCGUGUGGGCUGGGAGCAGCUCCUCACCACUAUUGCCCGCACUAUCAAUGAGAUUGAGAACCAGAUCCUGACCCGCGAUGCCAAGGGCAUCAGCCAAGAGCAGCUGAAUGAGUUCAGAGCCUCCUUCAACCACUUCGACAGGAAGAGGAAUGGCAUGAUGGAUCCUGAUGACUUCCGUGCUUGUCUGAUCUCUAUGGGUUAUGAUCUGGGUGAGGUUGAAUUUGCACGCAUUAUGACACUGGUGGACGCCAACAACACAGGAGUGGUCACUUUCCAGGCCUUUAUUGACUUCAUGACCAGGGAGACAGCAGAAACAGACACAGCGGAACAGGUCUUGGCCUCCUUCAAGAUCCUAGCCUCUGACAAGACAUAUAUCACAGUGGAGGAGCUGAGGAGGGAGUUGCCCCCAGAACAGGCAGAUUACUGUAUAAGCCGCAUGACCAAGUACAUGGACAGCGAUGCCCCUCCAGGUGCCCUUGACUACAUCUCAUUCUCCAGCGCCCUGUAUGGAGAGAGCGACUUGUAGAGCCAUUCUUGACAUAUUCACCACCCACAACAUCCACUCCACCUAACCCCCCACCCUCUCAUGAAACCUUUAAACAUCUAACAUCAAGAACAAUGCGGGCUUAAUGGACGGCUUUGCUGCAGUGGUUUGGGCCUAUGUAUUAAGUCUUGUUAUGUGUUCACCAGUAAAUAAUCAGUGGUGAGUGAAUACACCCAAUCAUUUGCUUUCUGAUCCUUGUCAGUGAUCUGUCCUCUGUUGUGGGAAGUUGACUUACAAGCCAAAAGGGACUGAAGAGUCAAAGAACCUCAUGACAGGAAAUCAUUCAUCACAAUGGUUGUUAAUGAGAGACACAUCUGCUCUCCCUUUAUACAAAUGGCUUAUGUAAUGGAGGAAGAAAAAAAUAAAUUAUCCUAAAGAAUGACCCAAUGUUGUUUUGACCAUUUAUAUUUGUGUGUGAUGGUGUGAAAUGUAGACAUUUUCCUUCCCUAUGAAAAUGGUAUUAUUAUUUACUCACCCAUAUGCCAUCCCAGAUGUGUAUGACGUUCUUUCUUCUGCUGAACACAAACAAAAACUAUUAGAAGAAUAUCUCCGAUCUGUAGGCUCAUAAAAUGCAAUUGAACUCCAAAAAGCACAAAGUCAGCAUAAUCCAUCAGACUGAAGUGGUUUAAUCAAUGUGUCCUGAAGCAAUCCAGUUGGUUAUGGGUGAGAACAGACACAAAUAUAUCUCCUUUAUCAAUGUAUGUGUCAACAGCAGUAUCCUUAGCGAUCAUUUUCGAGUUCAAGCUUGAUUACACUACCUAUAGCGCCAUCUAGAACUUUGCAGAUGUGUCAAGCACUAGGAAGUUUAAUCGAGCUUGAAAUCAUGAUCAUGCCUACAGAUUGCAAUGACAUGACAUGGAUGGCAUGAAAGUGAGUAAAUGAUGAGAAUUUUUAUUUUGGGUGAACUAUCCCAUACUUUUUGGUGCUCAUACAUACCUAGCCAAAACUUAAUGAAAACCUAAAUAAAGUGU